AUACGUAACAAAAACACUCAAUAAAACGAAAAAGCUUGUGGGCUUUCCAGGCAGUCGCAGUCGGCACGCUUCUGCGCCGUGCGGGAAAUCGCUCGCCGUCCUGCGUAUAAGCGGGCGCACCAGCGGGAAAGCUAUCGAUUUAUCGCGCUGUGGGAGCUGCCGACAGCCAUCUUACGAAGCACCCGCCGCCGCUCAUAUCGCGUGUGCACCGUAAACGAAACACGAGAACGCAUCCCCCGUGCGAGCCGAGAAGACUUUUCUCCUCCGUGCAUCAAAAUGUCUAGUUGUUCUUGAGGGUGUGCAAAGUUACGUGCCAGUGUCACACCGUCGAACCCAGAACGGAAAAACUACACAUACCACACUCAGGAAGUGGGACCCACCGAGUUUCACGAUGGCGCCACGAAUAGUCAAGAGGGAGGCCGUCGAGGACGUGUCUCCAAUGCCGGAGAUCCUCGAGACGCCAGCUGUACCCAUCGAGAAGGCCGAAGAGAAGCUGCACAACUUUAAUAGAACUGAGCAGCGAUUGCUACAUCGACUACAUAGCACCACAAAAUCGCCCGAUUUAGCCAAAAAUGAGACCACAACCGAAACACCAAAAUCGAACGCGAUGGAAAAGGCGAAGGAGAUCACCACGGAGCUGGCCGAAGAGAUGGGUAUCCCAACAUGGGCGCUCGUCAGUAUUAUCAUCGGUGUCCUACUGGUGGUGCUCGGGAUCUGCUUCUUCUGCAUACGAAGAUGCUUCCGGAAGCGGCGCGCCGGCAAGGAUGGCAAGAAGGGCAUGAAGGGUGUCGACCUUAAGUCGGUACAGUUACUUGGAUCAUCAUACAAAGAAAAGGUCCAACCUGAUAUGGACGAGCUGACCGAGAACGCCGAGGAGCCCGAGGAGGAAAAGCCCGAAGUGGUGAAACUCGGAAAACUUCAAUAUAAAUUGGAAUAUGAUUUUAACCAAAACUGUCUAUCGGUGACAGUUUUGCAAGCAGAAGACUUGCCGGCCCUUGACAUGGGAGGUACCUCUGAUCCCUAUGUGAAGGUGUACCUUCUACCUGACAAGAAGAAGAAGUUUGAGACCAAGGUCCAUCGGAAGACGCUCAGUCCUGUCUUCAACGAAACAUUUGUUUUCAAAGGAAUUCCCUACGCUGAUGCUAUGAACAAGACCCUGGUAUUCGCCAUCUUCGAUUUCGAUCGGUUUUCGAAGCACGACCAGAUCGGCGAAGUGAAACUGCCGCUGUGCACCGUGGACCUGGCGCAGACGAUCGAGGAAUGGCGUGAGCUACAGAGCGUUGAAGGCGAAGGAGGGCAGGAAAACAAGUUGGGAGAUAUUUGCUUCUCAUUGCGUUACGUACCGACCGCUGGCAAGUUGACCGUUGUUAUCCUCGAGGCAAAGAACUUGAAGAAGAUGGACGUUGGUGGUUUAUCUGAUCCUUACGUCAAGAUUGCUCUACUGCAGAAUGGAAAACGUCUCAAGAAGAAGAAGACAAGUAUCAAGAAGUGUACUCUGAACCCGUACUACAAUGAAUCGUUCACUUUUGAAGUUCCGUUUGAGCAAAUUCAGAAAGUAAACCUGGGUGUGACCGUCGUGGACUACGAUAGGAUUGGAACAUCGGAGCCGAUUGGUAAAUGUAUUCUUGGCUACAACGCCAGUGGAACCGAGCUGCGUCACUGGAGCGAUAUGCUGGCAUCGCCUCGUCGUCCCAUCGCCCAAUGGCACACGCUCAAGGACCCUGAGGAUGGUGAUAAGAAGGACAAAGAUUAAAUUGCUGGAAGCCACAAUACCUAACUGCUUGCUAAACAAAAUUUAAAGAUUUGCGCUGGAUAGAACAUAUGCAUGAUUAUAACAAAAACGUUACGACUACGGAAAUGAACUAGAAAACAAACGCUACUAACAAGAAAUAUGGUUAUUUAAUGUAUUAAUUGAACCAUCUUAGAUGUACCACUAGAAUAUUUUAUAACUGAGGAUUCUUUCGUUUGGGAAUUGCGUUCAUAACUUCCGAAUACGUAGGUAGGAAAACAAAGAAAACUAAAAUAAGUAUCGGCUUCGCUUCAAAUAUAAAUUAGUCACAGACUUUUCAAUCGCAAAACCACACAUACACAACCUAAAAAUGUGCAACACUCAAACGAAGUCCUGCGAUGACUCUGAUUGAACAAAUUCGAAGUAAAAAUGAACAAGUCACACAAUUUCAGUUCGAUAAGAAGCAUUUAGAACGUGUUUUAUGUACAUAUUAUACAUAUAUAAUCUUUUCCUUCCGCUGCAACCUGCAAAUGAUGAAAGCUGGAAGAGCUGCAUAAUCCGAACCCUUCAACGAACGUGCUGCAACCAACCACACACAGGGGUUUGUUUCGUUGUUUGAAAAACCGGUAGACCCGACGAAUUGCAGAAAAAUAGCAGCAAAGAAAGUAAGAAAAAAUCAACCGAUCGUAAAAAGUUCAUUUUUAUACGAUACGAAUUAAAGUUAUUCAAAAUCAUAUCUCAAACAAAAAAAAAAAUGAAGAAAAAAAAUCAUGGAUUGGGAAAAGUAUUAGAAGAUUAGAUCAUUAAUGACAAUAGUUAUGUAGCUCAUAGGGAGUUUAUUAGACGAGGCGUAAUGGUAUUAUUAUGAUGAGAGAGAAUUUAACUUUACGUUGAGAUUAAAUAUUGAUUAAGAUUUUAAAUCGGUCCGUUUUGUAGAUAAAAAUCGAAUAGGAGUCAUUUAAUUCUUAUUAUUAAUGAAAUACACUUUGUUACGGUAACAAGAACAUCAUAAAUACGAUGAGCACAAAUUAUUACGACGCAUGUAUUUAAAAAAAUGUGAAGCAGAAUAGCACUACUGGGACUUUUCCAAUGCCAGUAUCAUUGUUAUUACUUGAUGAACUAAUCAAUCGUUUAGGAUCGGACGAACCAAGCACGAAAACCAACCUUAUAACUCAUAAUGAAUGUUUAACCUUUAACCAGGCUUUGAUUAAGACUGUAAGACAAGAAAUUACAGAAACUUCCGUUCGAUGUACACAGACUUAACCACAGAACAAACAUCACUGAUUCGAGCAUAUUAUAUUACUAACAUACUUUAUAAGUGUAUAUAAACUAUAAAUAUUGUUCAAAUGUUGUGUAUAAGAUGUAGUUAUAUUGACGGCCCCACUUUCCAGACAAAAAAACAGCAGCAUUGUCUUCAAACAACUUGAAACAAAUGUUAACACCAUCUGCUAUUCGAUUUAAAAGUGGAUUCAAUUGACAAUGCGAAUAACAUUCUUCUUCUACUAUUAAUUAUCUUACAUUACAUUGAUAUGAGAACAAAAAAAAAAUUAUAAACUAUUCGAUCUAUAACUAUGAGAAAUUAGUUGAUUAUCAUAUUCUAUAUAUGAAUGAGAACGUAUUGAAAUACAUUUAUUAUUGAGCACGAUAGGACACUAUAAAAGAAAAUCACAAAGCGUUUAGGUAAACAAACGUCGAAUGCAUCUAUUUCUAACGAAAUCGGUUCAGUUCUUUGCCAGCGUUGUGUUGAAACUAAAACAAAACAAACAAAAAAACAUUACUGGAAUGCAUUGAGAUUGGAACGAUGUGAUUGUAAAUGGUAACUUAGUUUGCACCAGCUUUAAAUAACAAACCAGAAUAAACGUAUAAUACUUGGAGGAUGGCAAUACGUAUUUAGGCGAUGAUGGAGAUAGCAUAUUAUACGAAUAAUGAACUUGCUGAUAAUGAACAUGUUGAAAAUAACCUAAUAGAAACAAAAAAUGAUGUAAAAUGUGUGUAAUAAACUAUAAAAUUAUACUAUACUCACAGAUAUGUGUAGAGUUUUUCGUUUCACACAGCAGAGAAACAAACGCUUUCAUUGUUUUGGUUUGAUAUCAGUUUUCUUCAACAUCAGAUGCGAAACUAUCACGUACAACCAUAAAAUAUACUUAGACGCGUCUAGCGACACGUGUAUUAGCACUUGAUUACUUAUUACUUAUAUCUAUAAUGAAUAUAUUAUUACCAGUAUGAUAAUAUAUUAUGAAUAGUUAAUUUUUAAAUGUUAUAAAGAACAAUAAGUAUGGAUAUGAAACAAAAAUAUAUUAUAUUGUGAAAUUAAAAUAAACUGUGGCAACCAUGCUCUUGUUAUGUAGAAAUAAAAUAAAUCAUAUCACUGAUGGCCCUGUUAAGAACGAUGCAUAACAUAA